CUCAGCCGGUUGCUAGGAGACGGGGACGCCGGGCUGCGGAGGAGCCGCGUACUCUAGGCCCCGGCUGGCCAGAGGAGCCGAGCGACGGCGAGCUCGUCUUCCCCGGGGGCCCCGCGCCUGCUGGGCCGAAGACACGCGGCUGCCUGCCCCGGGCUCGAGGAGCCAUGGAGCCUGGGAAGAGAAGAACCAAAGAUGAUACUUGGAAAGCAGAAGACCUCAGAAGACACCUUAAGGCUGUACAAUCAGGUAGUCCCAAGGAAGACAAGAAACUCAGGGAAAAGAAGGCGCACAAGGAGUCAGAACUGGGCCUUCUUGAACACAGAGAACACAAGAGCAGGGACCCAGACCGAGAGGCCCGACACAAGGAGAGGAUUGCUGAGAGAGACCUCUACACCUUUACAGAACAUCCUCGUGGGGAGAGAGACCGGGAGAAGCACAAGGAAAGGCGGAAAGAGGCGAAAGACCGCGAGAAAGACAAGCUGAAAGAGAGACACCGAGAGCAAGAUGCAGAGAAGGCUCACAGUCGAGGCAAAGACCGAGAGAGAGAGAAAGACAGAAGGGCCAGGAAAGAAGAGCUCAGGCAGACCAUUGCCUACCAUGACCUCCUGGGUCGAGAGGCUCGAGAGGCACGAGAGGCGCGAGAGGCGCGUAGCCGGCAGAUGCUGGAGAGAGUGGAAAAGAAGGCCCACGCAGCAAGUAAAAUACGAACUGAGGAGAAAGAAAGGAGAGAUGAAGAUUCUGAAAGAGGAGAUGAAGACAGAGAAAGAAGAUACCGAGAGAGAAAGCUGCAGUAUGGAGACAGUAAAGAGAACCCUCUCAACUAUUGGCUGUACAAAGAGGAGAGUGAAAAGCGGCACAGGAAGGUGAAGGAUGCAGAUCGGGAGAAGCGACGCCGAGAGAGGAGCAGCACAAGGGAGAAAAGGGAGAAACACUCCAGAGAGAAGGGGAGCUCGGUGUGUGACCGGGAUGGGGAAGACAGACACCGAGAGAAGCGGCACAAGGAUGGACUUCAUCACGAUGAGGACAGGCGCCGAAGUCACUCAGAUAAAAAAGAGAGAUCGGGGAAAGACGAGCACAAGAGAAGAGAAGCAAAGGAACCUGAAAAGGUAGACAAUGAUUUAGAGGCUACUGAUGGAUAUCUGGCCAAUUUUGAAGAUGAUUUUGAAGAUUAUGAAGAUGACUUCGAGGUUUGUGAUGGAGAUGAAGACAGCAGUAAUGAGCCUGACUCUAAAGAACAAGCUGAAGAACUUCCUCUAGCCCAGAAAAGGGAGAUACAAGAAAUCCAAAAGGCAAUCAGUGCAGAGAAUGAAAGGGUUGGAGAGCUUUCUCUGAAACGGUUUCAGAAGCAAGGUCGAACAGAGAGUGAGGAGCCCUGGACAGAGGCAAAUGAUUCCAUUUCCAGAGCCCCUGUUUGUGGGAUUUUUGUGGAUUUUGCGACAGCCUCGCAUCGCCAGAAGAGUCGGAGUCAGGCCCUCAAGCAGAAGACACGAAGUACAAAGCUGCUCCGGCUUAUUGAUUUAGACUAUUCGUUCACUUUUUCUCUCUUGGACCUACCACCAGUAAAUGAGUAUGACAUGUAUAUUAGGAACUUCGGGAAAAAAAAUACCAAGCAGGCAUAUGUUCAGUACAAUGACGAUAACGUUGAGAGAGACAUUCAGACAGAGGAUGUAGAAACCAGGGAAGUGUGGACCCAGCACCCCGGAGAAGGCACGGUUGUAUCUGGAGGGAGUGAAGAAAAAGACCUCUCUGAUGUCACAGUUGUACCAAAGAUUGACACGCCACGGUUGUCCAGCUUUCUCCGGGCAGCGUGCCAGGUGGUUGCUGUUUUGCUUGAAGAGGACCGUUUGACCGCUGGACCCAGCUGGAAUCCCCGGGCUCAAGACAAAGCUCUGAGCAUCAGUGACAGCUCCUCCCAACUGAACACGAACCUGCCGUUCCUUCAGGGUAGGAAAGUCUUCUGUUUGCAUGCCUCUCGUGUUCAGAGACAGACUGUGGUCUCUGUUCAUGACUUACCUGAAGAGCCAUUUGCCCCGUCUCUGGACAGCCGGCACCUCCUCUGUGUGUGGGAUAUUUGGCAGCCUUCAGGGCCCCAGAAGGUUCUGAUAUGUGAGUCAAAGGUCACAUGUUGCUGCUUUAGCCCUGUAAAAGCAUUUCUGCUGUUUGCGGGAACAGAGCAUGGUUCUGUGGUGCUUUGGGACCUACGAGAAGACUCCAGGAUACACAACUAUGUGAGACUGAGCAACUGUCUCUGGGCCUUCAGGACCCCAACGUUUUCCACCGAUGGAGUUCUCAUGUCAGUGAACCACCGAAGUCCUCUUCAAGCCAUCGAGCCGGUCGUCACAUCUGCCUACAAAAAACAGAGCUUGGUGCUCUCACCCUUUUCUUCUCAAGAAGAAAUGGCAGGCUUGUCAUUUCACAUCGCCUCCCUGGACGAGAGCGGCAUUCUCAAUGUGUGGGUGGUUGUUGAAUUACCAAAGGCAGAUAUCUCAGGUUCAAUGAGUGAUUUAGGUCUGAUACCUGGAGGGAGGAUCAAAUUGGUGCACAGUACUGUGAUCCAGUUGGGCAACAGUAUUUCCCAUAAAGAUAGUGAAUUCUGGGGGUCCGCACAAACAUUAAGUGUCAAAUUUCUGCCUUCGGAUCCUAAUCACUUUGUUGUUGGCACCGAUAUGGGACUUAUAAAGCACAGUACCAGACAAGAUUGGAGAGUGUCUCCCAAGGUGUUCAAACCUCAGCAACUUGUUGCCAGACCUAUAAAAGUUCACGUGAUCGAUUUUUCACCAUUUGAAGAAACAGUAUUCCUGGCUGGCUGUUCGGAUGGAAGCAUCAGGUUGCACCAGCUGGCGUCUGAGAGGCCAGUCAUGCAGUGGGACAGCAGCACUGGUGGCCGCUCUGUGAUGAGCCUGCAGUGGUCCCCAACAAGGCCUACUGUGUUCUUGGUCCAGGAUGAUGCAUCCAGGAUCCAUGUCUGGGACCUGCUUGAGAAUGACCUGGGUCCUGUGGCUCAGCAGUCCAUCUUUCCAGACAGGCUUGUGGCCAUGACCGUCAUGGGGGAUCCGGAGAAGGCCAGCGGUAGCUCUGUGGCCCUGGUGUUGGCCAGGGUCUCUGGCACAGUUGACAUCCAGUACCUGAAGAGGCGGUGGACUACCCCAGUGGCGGCAGAUGAGCACAGCCAGCUGCACGUGCUUCUUCGGAAAUGAGGGUGUACUGUCAGGAGAAUGACAAGCGCCUAAGACUUGAUUUCAGGACGCCUCCCUUGACUCCGUGUCCAUGUGACUGUGUGCUGUGCUUGUGUACAUAGAAUGUGUAUAUUCUGUACAUAAUUUUUUGUUCUAGGAUAACGGAACUUUGGCAUUCCCAGGAAAUAAACCACGAUUUUUAAUGGAAACAAUGAACAUUUUAGUGUAUGUUCCACCUCAGAGGAAGUACUGAUAUCAGAAAGCUCUUCUAUUUCCAGUUAUUUUUGGAACAAUUUAAAAAAUACUGUCACAUUUAUUACAGGAUUUUAAACAGCCCGCCAUGAAAAUGUACUUUAAUGGACUAUUUUCUUAGGCAUGCAUAAAAUGAUGAACUUUUAUCUAAAGUAAAAUAAAAAAAAUUGCUCACUUUGGAGAUGACUUUCACCAGCCUUCUGUUUUUAAAGUUUUCUUGAACACCAGUUCUUGGUGUGACUCGAAUGACACUCAUAGAACUGAGUCAGAUGCAUUUCAGAGUGUGCUUCAGCAUGAAAACCAUCUUCAUGUAGAAAUAAUACAAGUAAAUAAAUCUUCUUGACUAUGGAGUAACAGGA